GCAGAGGCUUUGUAAGAGAGAUUUGAGUUGUCCAUAGCUAACACUUUUACAUAUUCACGGAACUGUCUUGUUACCCUCCAUGCCUUUUUGACUUUCUAGGGUUUCCUUUGCGCAUAGUUUUAGUGAAAGACUUUGCCUUUGUAUAUGGAAAUGCAAGAGCGCCAAUCAAUUUUGCUAUUUCACUAAGGCACAACAGAGAGAAAUAUCAAAGCCCUGUAACGAUCUGUCGUUCACGUCAGAUGAGUAAUUUGAUUAAGAAGUCCAUAGAUGAGUAAUAAAAUACACUAGCCCAUCACCAAAGCAAGCCGUUCUUAUUAAUCUUGAGGGCCAUUAAAAUAUUCUUUUCCUUUUACAAAACAGUGUCGUUUCACGACUCCAGAAUUCGGGUUGGACACCCAGAAUGCAGUCCACCGAUUCAAUUGUCUUCGGUUUUUUGUAUCAUCAUGUACCCCUGGAUUCAAAUCUGAAGAAUCCCUGCAGAAUAUAAAAAUACAGAGCAGAAAGCAUCAAAAUAAUCCAAAUGAGUGCAGGUGGUGCGUUUGGUGGAAAUAGAGGACUAAGACCUGUACCUCCAGAAAAAGGAGUCUUCCCUUUGGAUCACAUGCAUCAAUGCGACGUGGAGAAGAAAGAUUACCUUAAUUGUCUGAAAUCUUCUAGCCAUCAGUCUGAAAAAUGUAGACGUUUCUCCAAAAAGUACCUGGAAUGCCGCAUGGAAAAAAACUUGAUGGCAAGGCAAGCCAUGUCAGAACUCGGGUUUGGAAAAGAAGAUUCAGAAGCUUCUGGCAGGAACAAUGAGAGUAUUAAUAAUUGAUUAACCAAUGGAAGUAGGUCAUAUGGAUGCACUGUGGAAUCAAAUACUGGAGAUUUAUGAAGUUGAAGAGCUUUGAAUCCGCUGGUUGAAUUGAUCAGGAUUCUCAUUUCAUUUGACUGUACACUUUUCAUUGUUAUCUUAGAUAUAGGGUUGUCAAAUAUAGGAUUAGAUUAUUUUGGCUGAUUUUGUAAUUCAAAUGAUGAUUUUUAGCAAGCUUGAACUUGAUUUUAAGGUUAGUAGAUGUUGCAAUGAAGAUCAUAUAAUACCAAGUAGCUCUGGAUAAAAAAAAAAAAAAAGAAAAAAAAGAUGAUUGUGAAUUCGUACA